CAACAGGUCUGGAUCUCUUCAGUGAACAAACUGAAUAAAGAAGCCCUUUCACAAUGGGUGAAAGAAAAUAAUGUCUUACUUGAACAGGUCAAUGGCCAGAGAAUUUACCGCGGGUCCACUGAAGGUUUUGUCGUAGAAGCUCCUCCAUUUGGCACAGAAGUAUUUAUCGGCAGCAUCCCACAAGAGAUAUACGAAGAUAGGCUGAUUCCUCUCUUUGAAACCAUCGGUAGACUUUUUGAGUUCCGUUUAAUGAUGACAUUCAGUGGCCUUAACCGCGGAUUUGCUUACGCCCGUUAUUUGUCCAAACGGCAAGCAGGGCUGGCCAUCUUCCGACUAAACGGCUACGAAAUACAGAGCGGCUGCAAAAUUGUGGUGUGCAGAAGCACAGAAAAGUGUGAGCUGAUCCUAGAUGGCCUUCCUUGUCUUUUUGACCGGAGCUCAUUAACCAGUGUCCUGUGUGAAGUUACCACUGGCAUACAAGCAGUUUCCCUCUUUGCCAGCCCUUUGGCAGACAUGAAAAAUAUCGCCAUUGUAAAAUACAACUCCCACAAGGAAGCUGCCUUGGCGAAGAAAAGCCUGUGUGAAGGUUUGUGA